UUCAGCUGACUGUCAUCAUGGCUGCUGAAGUUUGUACUAAUAUUCCGGCGCCUGGUUUUAAAUUUGAUAAUUGUUUUAGGAAUUCUCUUUUGGGGUCAAAAGGCUUUCCUGCUCCAAAAACUACUAAGACAGGAACUACAAUUGUUGGAAUCAUUUACAAGGAUGGCGUCAUUUUGGGAGCUGAUACUAGAGCAACGAGCGAUUCUACGAUUGCUGAUAAAAAUUGUGCAAAAAUUCAUUACUUAGCUCCAAAUAUGUACUGUUGUGGUGCUGGAACUGCUGCAGAUACAGAUAUGACGACUAACAUGAUCUCUUCUCAACUAGAAUUACAUCGCUUGGCGACCGAUCGAGUGGUUCCUGUGUGUACUGCAAAUCGUUUGUUGAAGCAGUAUCUUUUUAGGUAUCAGGGUUACAUUGGUGCAGCCUUAAUUCUUGGAGGUGUGGAUACGAAUGGCGCGCAUCUCUUUUCCCUGGCACCUCAUGGAUCUACUAUGAAAUUGCCUUACGUUACGAUGGGAUCUGGAUCUCUGGCUGCUAUGGCUGUUUUCGAAAGAGGAUGGAAACCAAAUCUAACUAAAGAAGAAGGGCAGCAGUUGGUUAGAGAUGCAGUCGCUGGAGGUGUGUUUCAUGAUUUAGGCUCCGGGAGCAACAUUGACAUGUGCAUCAUUACUCGAGAAGGAGCCGAAUACAUCAGACCCUAUGAUGUAGCAAAUCAGAAAGGGCAAAGGCAAGGGUCCUAUCGAUACAAACGUGGAGCAACUGCUGUAUUGUCAUCGGUAACUGUGCCCUUGGAAGUUGUCGAAACCACAGUACGGACAACUGAAGAAGCUAUGGAACUUUAAAAGAAAAAUUCACUCAUAAUGGAAAUUCUGAUUUUUUAAUUUUGAAAUUUGCUAAUAAAUAAAUUCAUUCAGUU